AUGAGGAUUCAUACUGGAGAGAAACCAUUCACAUGCACUCAGUGUGGAAAGAGUUUUGGAAGAAAAGGCCAUCUUAAGAUUCACAUGAUGAUCCACACUGGAGAGAAACCAUUCACAUGCACUCAGUGUGGGAAGAGUUUCAGCUGCUCAUCAUACCUUAAUCUUCACAUGAGGAUCCACACUGGAGAGCAACCAUUCACAUGCAAUCAGUGUGGGAAGAGUUUCAACCGAUCAUCAACCCUUAAUAAACACAUGAAAAUCCACACUGGAGAGAAACCAUUCAUAUGCACUCAGUGUGGGAGGAGUUUCAACAGAUCAUCACACCUUAACGAUCACAUGAAAAUCCACACUGGAGAGAAACCAUUCACAUGCACUCAGUGUGGGAAGAGUUUCAGCCAAUCAUCAUACCUUAAUAAACACAUGAGGAUCCACACUAGAGAGAAACCAUUCACAUGCACCCAGUGUGGGAAAAGUUUCAACCAAUCGUCACACCUUAAUAAACACAUGAAAAUCCACACAGGAGAGAAACCAUUCACAUGCACUCAGUGUGGGAAGAGUUUCAACCAAUUGUCACACCUUAACAGUCACAUGAAAAUCCACACUGGAGAGAAACCAUUCACAUGCACUCAGUGUGGAAAGAGUUUCCGCCAAUCAUCAUCCCUUAAUCGACACAUGAGGACCCACACUGGAGAGAAACCAUUCACAUGCACUCAGUGUGGGAAGAGUUUCAGCCAAUCAUCAUCCCUUAAUCUACACAUGAGGAUCCACACUGGAGAGAAACCAUUCACAUGCACUCAGUGUGGGAAGAGUUUCAGCCAAUCAUCAUCCCUUAAUCUACACGUGAGGAUCCACACUGGAGAGAAACCAUUCACAUGCCCUCACUGUGGGAAGAGUUUCAACCAAUCAUCACACCUUAACUGUCACAUGAAAAUACACACUGGAGAGAAACCAUUCACUUGCCCUCAGUGUGGGAAGAGUUUCAGCCAAUCAUCAAACCUUAACUGUCACAUGACAAUCCACACUGGACAGAAACCAUUCACAUGCACUCAGUGUGGAAAGAGUUUUACCUGCUCAUCACGCCUUCAUCAACACAUGAGGAUUCACACUGGAGAGAAACCAUUCACAUGCACUCAGUGUGGAAAGAGUUUUACCUGCUCAUCACGCCUUCAUCAACACAUGAGGAUUCACACUGGAGAGAAACCAUUCUCAUGCACUCAGUGUGGGAAGAGUUUCAGCCAAUCAUCACACCUUAAUCAACACAUGAGGAUCCACAAUAGGGAGAAACUAUUCACAUGCACUCAGUGUGGGAAGAAUUUCAACCAAUCAUCAAACCUUAAUCAACACAUGAGGAUCCACACUGGAGAGAAACCAUUCACAUGUACUCAGUGUGGGAAGAGUUUCAGCCAAUCAUCAAACCUUAACCUACACAUGAGGAUCCACACUGGAGAGAAACCAUUCACAUGCAGUCAGUGUGGGAAGAGUUUCAGCCAAUCAUCAUCCCUUAAUCUACACAUGAGGAUACACACUGGAGAGAAACCAUUCACAUGUACUCAGUGUGGUAAGAGUUUCAGCCAAUCAUCAAUCCUUAAUAUACACAUGAGGAACCACACUGGAGAGAAACCAUUCACAUGCCUUCAGUGUGGGAAGAGUUUUAGCCAAUCAACAUACCUUAAUCAACACAUGAGGAUCCACACUGGGGAGAACCUAUUCACAUGCACCCAGUGUGGGAAGAGUUUUAGCAACUCAGCAAACCUUAAUCUACACAUGAGGAUUCACACUGGAGAGAAACCAUUCACAUGUACUCAGUGUGGGAAGAGUUUCAGCCAAUCAUCAAACCUUAAUAUACACAUGAGGAUUCACACUGGAGAGAAACCAUUCACAUGCAGUCAGUGUGGGAAGAGUUUCAGCCAAUCACCAUACCUUAAUCAUCACAUGAGGAUCCACACUGGAGAGAAACCAUUCACAUGCAGUCAGUGUGGGAAGAGUUUCAGCAAAUCAUCAAACCUUAAUAUACACAUGAGGAUCCACACUGGAGAGAAACCAUUCACAUGUACUCAGUGUGGUACGAGUUUCAGCCAAUCAUCAAACCUUAAUAUACACAUGAGGAACCACACUGGAGAGAAACCAUUCACAUGCCUUCAGUGUGGGAAGAGCUUUAGCCGAUCAACAUCCCUUAAUCGACACCAGAGGGUUCACACUGGAGAAAAACCGUACAAGUGUUCACAGUGCAGUAAGAGGUUUGCUCGCUCAGGAACCCUGAAAACACAUGAGAGGAUUCACACUGGAGAGAAACUGUAGACAUGAUCAGUGUGUACAAAGUUUCACUUAAUCAGGGCAGCUUAAGAAACACAUGGGAUGGUUUUUGGUAAGGCGCCGACACAUGUAGCAGCAUAGAAAGAGCGCUUCCAUACACACUGGUAUUAAUCCUCCUUUUUACAUCAUAUAUAAUAACCUAAACCAUAUUUAAAUGACAUGAAGGAGGGACAAAAACAAAAAGGCUAGGACAAAACAACCAGUUAAUCCUGAAAAAAAUGAGAAAUCAACAGAUGAAAAAUCCAAGACGGACGGGAUAGCUGAUAGCCUGUCACCUAUCAUUGCAGCAAUAUUUACAGACAUCAAAGUUUUCCAGAAGAAUAUUAAAUCUGAUUUAACCGCCUUCCAAGAUUCUCUCGCAAAAGAUGUGAAAAUGGAAUUAAGUAACUGUAAACAAGAAGUCAAUCAACAACUGGAUGACCUUAUCACGGACCUAAAUGCAACGACAGAAAAGGUCAACGAAGUGGAGAAGCGAGUUGGAGAAUUUUGGAGGAGAACAUUGCUGAGAUGAAAGAAAUGCUCAAUCAAUCCAUUCAAAUACAAGAAAAUUUAAAAGAGAAACUGCGAGAUCUAGAAACACGCUCCC